CAACCAAACCAAAAAAAAUUCUAAGUUCACAACAUUUUUUUCUAUAUAUACAAAUAAACUCUAACCAUUUUCUCUUCACUAAAAUUUAUUCAUUACAAAUCUAACCAUUUUCUUGAUCCAAUGGCACCAUCAAUUGCACAAAAUGAACAUAUUAAUGGAGAAGUAGAAGAAGUGGCUAUGGAUUUGUGCAAGAAAUCAAAUUAUGAUCCAUUGAAUUGGGAAAUGGCUGCUGAUUCUUUAAGAGGGAGUCAUUUGGAUGAAGUGAAAAAGAUGGUGGAUGAAUUUAGAAAGCCAAUUGUGAAACUUGGGGGUGAAACUUUGACUGUUGCACAAGUUGCAUCCAUUGCAAAUGUUGAUAAAAAAAUUAAUGGUGGGGUCAAAGUAGAACUUUCUGAAAGUGCAAGGGCUGGUGUGAAAGCUAGUAGUGAUUGGGUGAUGGAUAGUAUGAGUAAAGGUACAGAUAGUUAUGGUGUUACUACUGGAUUUGGUGCAACAUCUCAUAGAAGAACAAAAAAUGGUGGUGCUCUUCAAAAAGAACUUAUUAGGUUCUUGAAUGCUGGAGUUUUUGGCAAUGGAACAGAAACAUCUCACACAUUGCCACAUUCAGCAACAAGGGCAGCUAUGCUUGUUAGGAUCAACACUUUGCUUCAAGGCUACUCUGGCAUUAGAUUUGAAAUCUUGGAAGCAAUUACUAAGUUGAUCAACAGCAACAUCACCCCGUGUUUGCCCCUCCGUGGUACGAUCACUGCCUCGGGUGAUCUUGUACCUUUGUCCUACAUUGCUGGUUUGCUCACUGGCAGGCCUAACUCCAAGGCUGUUGGACCCAACGGUGAGAAACUUAAUGCUGAGGAAGCUUUCCGUGUGGCUGGUGUUACUGGUGGAUUUUUCGAGUUGCAGCCUAAGGAAGGACUUGCACUUGUGAAUGGCACAGCAGUUGGUUCUGCUAUGGCAUCAAUAGUCCUGUUUGAGUCCAACAUUCUUGCUGUUAUGUCUGAAGUUUUAUCAGCGAUUUUUGCUGAAGUGAUGAACGGAAAGCCCGAAUUCACUGACUAUUUGACACACAAAUUGAAGCAUCACCCUGGUCAGAUUGAAGCUGCUGCUAUUAUGGAACACAUUUUGGAUGGAAGCUCUUAUGUGAAGGCAGCUCAGAAGCUCCAUGAAAUGGAUCCUCUUCAAAAACCAAAGCAAGAUCGUUAUGCUCUCCGAACAUCUCCACAAUGGCUUGGCCCUCAAAUUGAAGUCAUCCGUGCUGCAACUAAGAUGAUCGAGAGGGAGAUUAACUCAGUGAACGACAAUCCAUUGAUCGACGUUUCAAGAAACAAGGCCUUACAUGGUGGCAACUUCCAAGGCACCCCUAUUGGUGUCUCCAUGGAUAAUACACGAUUAGCCCUUGCAUCAAUUGGUAAAUUGAUGUUUGCCCAAUUCUCAGAGCUUGUCAACGACUAUUACAACAACGGGUUGCCAUCUAAUCUGACAGCAGGAAGGAAUCCAAGCUUGGACUAUGGUUUCAAGGGCGCUGAAAUCGCGAUGGCUUCUUACUGCUCGGAACUUCAAUUCUUGGCAAAUCCAGUGACUAACCAUGUCCAAAGUGCUGAGCAACACAACCAAGAUGUGAAUUCCUUGGGCUUAAUCUCAGCCAGGAAAACAGCCGAGGCUGUUGAU